AUGGAUUUGGAUACUCACCGUGAUCCUUUCAGUGACGACUCUGUGGAAAUGCCCAUAAACCUAGAAGAGGUGGACUCCCUAGAAGCUAUUGUUAUCAUCGACAAUGAGCUGGAUCCGCUGUCUCCCCCAGCCCCAGAUACCGUUCAAGUCUCGGGAAACCUGGGGGCAAUUGCCAUGGGCUCAAAUCAUACGUUGACAGAUCGCGGGGAUGCCUGCAAGGAAUUAAGGCUAGAAGAUGUCUGCUGCGCAGCACAUGGCUUGUCAAUUCUGGUGACUGCCACUAAAGGCGGCAAGAAGCACACUAUUCUCUUCGAUGCUGGUCCUGAAGAGAAAGCUUGGGAGAGAAACGUGAAACGGCUGCGACCAAAUCUCUCAUCUGUGGAAGUGAUUCAUCUAUCGCAUUGGCAUCGAGAUCACUCCGGUGGUCUUCUGCGGGCAAUCCGCAUGAUAAGCGAUGCCAAACGAGCCGAGAGUCGCUCUGGGGACCUGGUCGCGGACUUGCACCCAGACCGACCGGUUUACAGAGGCAUUGCUCUGCCCAGUCAUAUCAUUUCCCUCGAGGCUGACCCUACCUUUGAGGAGAUUGGAGACGCAGGUGCGGUGGUCGAUAAGCGGAGCGAACCACACACUGUGCUAGAUGACUUCUUUUUGGUCUCUGGGGAGAUCCCACGAGUGACGCCGUACGAGACAGGUCUGAAGAAUGCAGUGCGAUACGACGCUGACGAGAAUGACUGGUUCUCUGACGAAGCCAUCGUUGAUGAGCGUUCUCUCAUCUGUAAUCUCAAGGGAAAGGGACUUGUGGUUUUCACUGGAUGUAGCCACGCUGGCGUAGUCAACACCACGAAACACGCCAUCGAGCUCACCGGUGGAACGGUACCUGUUCACGCCGUUGUCGGUGGAUUUCAUCUCGCCACCAGCGACGCGGACCAAAUACAAGACACAGUAGCAGAUCUCAAAGGGCUCGAUCCCGCCGUGCUCAUGCCGGGUCACUGUUCAGGCUGGCGGGCCAAGUUUGCGAUUGAGAAACACAUGCCCGGGUCAUUGGUACCCUGCACUGUAGGAUCAAGAAUCACAUUCUGA